GCAAUCAAAGCGUGCGCAGAGGCUGCUGUGUGGGGGUCUGCUCCGGUUCCUCACAGGCUGCGCUCCUGUUGGUCCAUGAACGAUGGAAGCGCGCCCCCGACGCUCCAGGUGAUUGAGAGGGGAAGCGGAGGAGCGGGACACGGCAGACGGUGCGUGGCGUCGGACAACCAAAACAACCGCAGGAAAAUGCCUUGCGUUACGUCGCACGCUUCGCUGGCAGCCUGUCUGCUCUUCGUAGUGAGAUGUGUCGCACAGAAAGUAUACUUUGACUGUGGCGCCAAGGUGGAUGUGGUGGAUGUUCAGGGGCUCAUUUUGUCUCCUGGUUUCCCCUACAACUACUCCUCUGGGACUCAUUGUGUUUGGCAGUUUGUCGUUCCUGUUGAUUACCAGCUUGUUCUGAAAAUAUUUGACUUUGACGUGUUUGAAAGCCAAGACUCGGAAGCUCAGUAUUCAGCUUUCUCUAAUUUUGAAGAGGCAGUAGAGGAAACCCCAACCAGUUUAUCAGCUGAUGAAAGCUUAGCUGCCACCACGAAGCCUACACUUCAGAAGGCAGGGGAUCUCUAUAAGCCUCAACAAUCUUCCCAAGAUGGUGUUAUCAAUCAAGUUGUGGUCCAGGAACAGUCUACAAAAAUGGAGAUUGCCAAAGUCUCAAAUUCUGCCAAAAGAUCUGCAGAUCCAUCCUCUAGUCAGUCUUCAUCACCUCCUACUUCCUUUCUUCUCCUACCUGGUGCAGUGCCUUCUGUAGAAAAGGUCAUUAAUUCUGCCUCUGCAUCUCCCUUAAGCAGAGAUCUCAAUCUUGAUUCAAACCCAAACACAGUUAUGGAGGAGACCCCCUUUGAUUCACCACUCUCCACAGAUACUCCUACCGAGAGCCCUGAAACUCAACAGUCCAUCCUUGACACCUGCCCCCAUGACGUCCUCUACAUCUCGGACCUCAUCACCUUUUCCUCUAGGUUCUGUGGUUCCAACCGGCCUCCCAGCAGCCAGCUGGUUUUUGGCUCAAGCCAAGAGAUGGUGGAGGUCAUCAUGGAGCUCAUCACCACCACCCACCGGGGACGUGGAUUCGCCCUGCUUUUCUACUACCACAACCUGACCGAGCCGGGAGGGAAUGAACGAGCCACGUCCCCGUCAGGCAGCAAGGCGGACUCCCUCCUCGCCGCUGUGAGCGGAGCCGCCUUCUUCACUCUGAUACUUACAAGUGUUCUCUGCAUCAUUUUCAGACCCAAACUGUGUCCAAAAAGAGCCAGUUCCUGCACAUCCAGCAACUCUGAGGUUGCCGAGGGAGCCCAGAGCACUGCUGCUGAGUUCAGUGAGCUCCAGCUAAUGGCUGAGAAUCAGGCCGCUCCAGAGAUGACUGUAGAGCAGGACGACAACAACAGCAGCAGCCAGCCACGUGCAGUCACUUCUGAUGGUGAUGUGUCCCAGAACGCAGAAAUGGACCUUUCCUGCAGUGGUUUGACUGAACUUGAUCUUGGUGCAGAUGAGGUUUUCAUUGUGUCUUCGGCUGGUAGCCCAGGCCGGCUGCCCUUCUAUCCUCAUGGCCAGCGAGAGAGGUUUCUGCGACACAGUGACACCGGCCCGGGUCCUUCGUGUGAUUGGCCCUCGACAGACCCCAGCACCUCCACUACUGUCACAAGAUCCGUUAAAGAAAGCACCUGCUCAAGGCCAAGAGCGUGGAGCGUACGCACCUUCCAGGACUUCCUCCCUCCGCUGCCGCAGCUUCACAAGAAGUGGUGCAGCUGGAACUCCACCAGUCCCUUCACCAAGCUGGUAGACAAUGCCCCAUCCAGUUUGGUUCCCGACUGCAGAGGAAGCAACAGCAGGAAGGUGUUUUCUGAUGCUCACCUGGAGGCCCAAGCAGACACCAGCAUCAUCUCUGACUCCUCCAUCAGCAAUGCCUCUUAUCCCCUCACACAGCCUGCCCAAAGGCAGCGCCGCCUCAAUUCCAACAACAACCUGCGCCGUUCCCGGUUCACAGGGCCUUGUUUUGGCCUUCUCGCUGAAACGAAAGAUCCGCUGAAGGGCUACAGUGUCCCCCAGGGCUGCCCCUCAGAGCCCAGCCCUGUCUCCUCCUCCUCCUCCUCCAUUCAGUGCCACACUGAGUGUGCGCCGGCUGGAAAGAGGCGGGAAUUCCCAGGUGAGGAUGAUCACAUUAGCGUGCCAGUGUUUGCCAUCUCCGAAGAGGAGGACAGGCAGCCACUCGUCUCAGCGCAACACCUGGACCCGACACUGACCUCGAAUGCGCAGAACGGACUGGUCAGGGCCAAAUAUGAGAAUAAAAGGCCCCCCGCAGGGUGCAUCAGCCCCAAGAGGGCCAGGCCAGAGUGGAGGCCAUGGGGAAGUCAGGUGUCAGGAGGGGCUGCGCCGCAAGCUUCAGGUGCAUUCAGCGAGUCGAAUGCACUAAAUAACGGCCAGCCCUCUGUGAGUCUGUCUACGGGGCUGUGCUCUGUGACAAACCACGUGUGACAGGGUCCUGAGGAGCAGAGACUGUGCUGACCACAUCUGUCAUCUGAACUUUGAUUAGUGGCACCGCAAAAAACAUAUACAUAACCACCUCUUUUCUGUAAUCAGCUUUUUUACAAUCUCGCUGUACCCCAUAGCCUCCUCAGUUUGUAGCACAAAAAAAAAAAAGUAAAUGCUCUCGGACAAAGAAAAAGCCGUUCAUCACACGUAGGCACCGACUUGUUAAAAGCAUGACGUGUUCUUUCAUUUCUUUCAGUUGCACUUUCCUGUUUCCAGCUGUGUGUUGAUUUACCCAGCUGGAGCCAGCUCUCUGCCUAGUAUCGUGCUUCUCCAUGUGCUCAUUUCUUUGGCACAAAUCGAUUUGAUUAUACAGUUGCUUUUUACCCACAAGUAUUAUGUAGGACGUAGAUAGUUCAUUUGUAUCAUUGUUACAUCAGUGUAUGCAUACUCCUAAGACUGAUAAUGGAUUGUAAAAGGGAAAAUGGAAUAUGAUAUAAAAUAAGAACCGUCUAUUAUGUAGUGCGGAGCAGUAGAACUGACAGUAGCACUUAAUGGUGAGUUUAUAUAUAAAUAAAGGUUCAAUAAACAGGCUGUGAACA